CGGUCCAUGCCGUCCUUUAGAGCAUUCCCCGAUAUAUAAGAUGGCGUGAGGGUCGCCCGCGGUUAAAACGGAUGAUAGACACGGGCGAUCAUGGCGCAUCGUUACUCUCUCCAUCUUUCUUUGCUCUACGCAACGUGCUGAUGGUGGGGUUGCCAUUGGCGAUCUAUUUCGCGAUGGCGUGACGUCACGCUCUCAGUCAACAGCGCGGUAGCAUGGACUGAGCAUCAUGCGUGCAACAAGAUAGAUUUUCUUGCGGUGAUUAGCCGUUUUCCACUCGCAAUUAAAAGUCGGUGUAUUCCCUCGCUCGUUACUACUACUCAAAGUCGUCCGUUUACACGGUACAUCAAAAAUGCCAGGCGAAGUGAUUGAUCGCCCAAACCCAGAGGCAACGCCCUCGCACAUACCGGACGACAUCCUGUCGCUCAGUGUCAAGUUGGAAAAGAACACACAAUCUAAUCAUGAUUUGGAAUCCAUACAGGCGUUCCGGCGCGCGGCAUCGUACAUUGCAGCGGCCAUGAUUUUCUUGAAGGACAAUGUGUUACUGGAUAGGGAUCUGACAUUCGAUGAUAUCAAGCCUCGGUUACUGGGACAUUGGGGAACAUGUCCCGGUCUGAUUCUAGUCUACGCCCACUUGAAUUACCUCAUCCACAAGCAUGACCUCAACAUGAUUUACGUCGUUGGUCCCGGCCACGGCGCUCCAGCCAUCCUAGCUUCUCUGUGGUUGGAAGGUUCCAUGGGCAAAUUCCUGCCAGAGUAUAGUCGAACCCGAGACGGAUUGCACAACCUAAUCACCCGAUUCUCGACACCUGGUGGACCGCCAUCCCACAUCAAUGCCGAGACCCCUGGUGCCAUUCACGAGGGAGGGGAGCUGGGAUAUGCUCUCUCUGUGAGUUUCGGCGCCGUCAUGGACAAGCCGGAUCUCAUCGUAACCUGUGUGGUUGGUGACGGUGAAGCCGAGACGGGUCCUACCGCCGCUGCAUGGCAUGGCUACAAGUACAUCGAUCCUGCAGAGUCGGGCGCCGUCAUCCCCAUCGUUCAUGUCAACGGCUUCAAGAUCAGCGAGCGGACCAUCUACGGAUGCAUGGACGACAAGGAACUUACGGCUCUCUUCACGGGUUAUGGGUAUCAACCCCGCUUCAUAGAGGAUCUGGAAGAUAUCGACGCAGACAUGGCCACCUCGCUCGAGUGGGCAGUCACCGAGAUCAGAAAGAUCCAGUCGGCGGCGAGGUCAGGGAAUCCGAUCAUGAAACCUCGGUGGCCCGUCAUUAUCCUGCGAACGCCCAAGGGAUGGGGUUGCCCGAAGCAGGUGGACGGCGAGUUUGUUGAAGGAUCCUUCCACGCCCAUCAGGUGCCCUUGACGAAGGCAAAGUCCGACAAGCAGCAUCUGAGGGAUCUACAGGCCUGGCUUAAGUCGUAUGGCCCCGAGGAGCUGUUCAAAGAGGAUGGAACACCGGUCGAGCGCAUACUCGAUGUGAUUCCCGCAGACGACGCCAAGAAAAUGGGACAGCUCAAGGAGACGUAUGAUCCAUACCUUGGGAUCGAGGUCCCAGACUGGAUGCCGUUGGCCGCAGAGAAAGGGACCGAAGCCUCCUCGAUGCAACGCUGCGGCGAGCUCAUGGACAGAGCGUUCCAAGCCAACCCUCGCACACUGCGCAUCUUCUCACCGGAUGAGCUUGUCAGCAACAAGUUGAACGCCGUCUUCAACAAUACGGGUCGAAACUUUCAGUGGGAUCAAUACUCGAACGCGCAAGGUGGUCGCGUCAUCGAGAUACUGUCGGAACAUACCUGCCAGGGAUUCCUCCAGGGAUAUGUUUUGACAGGCCGUGUCGGUUUGUUUCCCUCGUACGAGUCAUUCCUGGGCAUAGUCCACACGAUGAUGGUCCAAUAUGCCAAAUUUGGAAAAAUGGCUCAAGAGACGUCGUGGCGCCGUCCAGUGGGCAGUCUGAACUAUAUCGAAACGUCAACCUGGACGAGGCAAGAGCACAACGGCUUCAGCCACCAAAACCCAUCCUUUAUCGGCGCCGUGCUCGACCUCAAGCCAACCGCUGCACGUGUCUACCUUCCACCGGACGCGAACUGCUUCCUGUCCACCCUCGCCCACUGCCUCCGCUCCAAGAACUACAUCAACCUGAUGGUCGGCUCCAAGCAGCCCAGCCCCGUCUUCCUCUCCCCCCAGGAAGCCGACGCCCACUGCCGAGCCGGCGCCUCCGUCUGGGAAUUCGCCAGCACAGACAAAGGCCUAAACCCGGACGUCGUCCUCGUCGGCGUCGGCGCAGAGCUGACCUUCGAAGUCGUCAAGGCCGCCGAGCUCCUCCGCGACCUGGCGCCCGAACUUCGCGUGCGCGUCUGCAACGUCACGGACCUCAUGGUGCUUGAGACGGAAGGCAUCCAUCCUCAUGCAUUGACGAAGCAGGAUUUCGACGCCCUGUUCACGCCGGAUCGGGCCGUCCAUUUCAAUUACCAUGGCUAUGCGACGGAGCUUAAGGGAUUGCUGUUUGCGCGCCAUGGCGCGGAUCGUAUCACCGUUGAGGGGUAUAGGGAGGAGGGGUCUACGACGACGCCGUUCGAUAUGAUGCUGUUGAAUCAUGUCUCGCGGUAUCAUGUCAUGGAGUAUGCGCUGCGGGGUGGAGCGAGGGUGAAUGAGCAGGUGAGGGUGAGGUUGGUGCCGCUGCUUGCGGAGGUCAAGCAUCGGAUUCAGAAGACGAGGGAGUAUAUUUAUAGGGAGGGGAAGGAUCCGGAGGGGACGUAUGAUUUGGGUUUGGUUAGAGGGGCUGGGGGUGGGGGGGUGCUAUAUGAGGGAUAAAGGUUGAGGUUGUUAUGUGAGACGAUGUAAUGAUGUAUGCAUAUACUCAUGAAUCUUUAUUUUCUGUAGACUUUACCAGGCGUUGGCGCCUCAGUAAAAUGCUAUGAUGGCGGGAGGUUAGUUUGCCG